CCGCAGGUAGGGCGGCCCGGGGAGGGGGGAACCUGAGGAGCGGGGAGUGCCGCCGGCGGCGGGGAGCGCUGAGGAAGGACCUUGCCGAGCCCCUGACAGGUGUCUGCGCCUAAGUGCCCUUACGCAGUCACUCGAGGACUGACAGACUUCGCGUUUGUUAUUGCUGCUGCGAUCUUCAAAGAUGAUGUUAGCAGAGCAAGCCCAGAAGUGGUUCCCAACUCACGUGCAAGUUACGGUCCUUCAAGCCAAAGGUCUGAAGCCGAAAGGUAAAAAUGGCAGCAACGAUGCCUACACCAUCAUACAGCUGGGGAAGGAGAAGUACUCCACCUCGGUGGCCGAGAAGACCCUGGAUCCCAUCUGGAAAGAAGAGGCCUCCUUCGAACUCCCUGGAUUACUCAUGCAGGAGAAUCCAGAAAAAUACAUCCUGUACCUGAUUGUCAUGCACAGGUCGCUGGUGGGGCUGGACAAGUUUUUGGGACAGGUGGCGAUAAGCCUGAAUGAUAUAUUUGAGGACAAGCAAAGAAGGAAAACGGAGUGGUUUCCCCUAGAGUCCAGACAAGGGAAGAGAACUAAAGACAGAGGAGAAAUAAAGGUCAAUAUUCAGUUUAUGAGGAAUAACAUGACAGCAAGUAUGUUUGAUUUGUCAAUGAAGGACAAAACCAAAUCCCCUUUUGCUAAACUAAAAGACAAAAUGAAGGGUCGAAAGAACGAUGGGACGUUUUCGGAUACAUCGUCUGCAAUCAUCCCAAGUACUCACAUACCUGAUGCAAACGUAGAGGUAUGUAGUGGUGAAGUACAAAUGAAAUCAAAACCAAAAAAACCUUUCCUUUUGGGACCUCAGCGGCUAUCCUCAGCUCAUUCGAUGUCAGAUUUAACAGGAUCACACGUCUCCUCAGAGAAAAUGAAAUCCAGCACAGUUGGCUACUCUCAUCUUUUCAGGCGUCAGCUAGAAUCUUUUGGUUCAGUUGAUGAAGGUGGGAGUCUAAAAUCUCCACAUAGAAGGACACUAAGUGUUGAUACUUCUAAAACGAACCAGCUUGACAGCACAGUUGAUGAAACUGCACUUGAAGCACAAAAUGACCCAUUUACCAAUGUGAGUGCUUCGUUACCCCAAAAAUUUGCUACACUGCCAAGACAGAAGAAUCCAUUUGAGGAAAGCCCAGCAGCAUGGGAUCAAAACUUAAGUCUGUUUUCCAAACCUGUUGAAAUCAGAAAAGAAAUUAAAAAAGAGAAAAAAGAGAAAGUUAGUCUUUUUGAAAGAGUGACUGGAAAAAAAGAUAGCAAGAAGUCAGAUAAACUUAGCAAUGGGGGAUCGGACAGUUCUACUGACUUGAAAUCACCUAGUGCGUUUGGUGAAACUCAUCAGGAGAGUUUUGAUUAUGAUUCGACAAAUCCAUUUAUGACAAACUUCAAGCCUACAAGCAUGUUGCCAUCUUCAAGUUUUAGCAUGAAUCCUUCUGGCACUGAGGACCUCAGGAAAACAAUGGAUGGAAAUCCUUUCGACGCCACUGCAGGAUACCGUAACCUUACUUAUGAAGAGGUUUUGCAGGAGCUGGUGAAACAUAAAGAGCAACUUAAGAAGAAGGACACCCAUAUUCGUGAACUUGAGGAUUACAUUGAUAAUCUUCUUGUACGAGUAAUGGAAGAAACACCUAGUAUUCUCAGAGUGCCAUAUGAACCUUCUCGAAAAGCUGGCAAAUUUUCCAAAAGCUAAGAUAUUGAUACUUGAUGGUACUUUCUGCUGAAUGCAUCAGUGGAAGGAAAUCACACUUCAACAUUUUGACUUCUCUUCAUUCCUUUUCUCCUAAGGAAUUCCAGGAAUCAGGGGAGGACGGGACUAUGACGUGGGGUUUUUUUGUUUGUUUUUUACUCCAAACACUAGCAGGGAC